AUGGCCCACAUUUUCGAUGUCGCACCGCUUAUCGAUACCGGGUAUGUCGACGGGAAAAAGGUCGGCAACCAAGUCAAGUACCCAAACACUGGAGCCUUCAGCGGCUUCAACAAGCCAUUUCGCUUGGAGGGCGAUAUCUUUGAUCUCGAAGUAUCGGGAACUAUUCCACCCGAGAUCAAUGGUACUUUUUACCGAGUUCAGCCAGAUCAUCGCUUCCCUCCCGUUUUUGAAGAUGACAUCCACUUCAACGGAGACGGCAAUAUUACUGCCAUUCGCAUCCAAAAUGGCCAUGCAGAUUACAAGCAGCGAUAUGUCAGAACAGACAGAUUCCUGGCAGAGACAAAGGAGAGGAGAAGUCUGUUUGGAAGGUACCGCAAUCCCUUCACGGAUUCAGAGCUAGUCAAGUCAGUUAUCAGAACUUCUGCCAACACCAACAUCACCUUCUGGAGAGGAAUGCUUCUGGCCUCCAAAGAAGAUGGCCCGCCAUAUGCCAUGGACCCAGUCACUCUGGAAACCAUCGGACGAUAUGACUUUGAAGGACAGAUCCAGUCGCCAACAAUGACUGCUCAUCCCAAAUUCGAUCCUGAAACGGGUGAAAUGAUCUGUUUUGCCUACGAGGCCGGUGGAAAUGGCAAUGAUGGAUCGCGCCAGAUCGCUGUCUGGACAAUCGAUGCAGAUGGCGUCAAGACCGAGGAGGCUUGGUACGAAGCCCCGUUCUGCGGUAUGAUUCACGAUUGUGGCAUCAGCAAGAACUACAUCGUUCUUCCCAUGACGCCCCUGAAGUGUAACCCAGAUCGUCUCCAAAAGGGCGGAAAUCACUGGGCGUGGGAUCCAAAAGAAGAUCAAUGGUACGGCAUAGUCCCGCGGCGAAAUGGAAAGCCCGAGGACAUUAUCUGGUUCCGGUCUGAUAACGCAUUCCACGGGCAUGUUGCAGGGUGCUACGAAAACGAGGAUGGCAACAUCGUGUUUGACCUCACGGUAGCAGACGGUAACGUGUUCUUCUUCUUCCCGCCCGAGGAUACACCAGCUGGUACCGUUGCAAAGCGGAACCGCUUGAACAGCCCUACUAAACGCUGGAUCUUUGAUCCCAAGAGUCCUUCGGGGACACGCGUACAGGCUAGUGAAGAGUGGGACACGAGUGGUGAAUUCUCCCGUAUCGAUGAUCGCUAUGUCACCAAGAAGUACAACCAUUUUUGGCAAGCCAAGAUUGAUGGGUCUCGAGAGUACAACGCUGCGAAAUGCGGUUCACCAGCUGGAGGACUCUUUAAUUGUCUGGCUCACUAUACAUGGGAUGAGAGGACGGAAGAUAUCUUCUGGGCCGGUCCCUGCGCUACAUUUCAGGAACCAUCAUUCAUACCCAAAAAGAACGGUGGAGAAGGUGAAGGCUGGUUGGUUGCGCUAUUGAACCAUCUUGAUGUCCUGCGCAAUGAUGUAGUCAUCUUUGACGCGCAGAACCUAGCUGCUGGACCUGUGGCUACGAUUCACUUACCGAUGAAGCUUCGUCUUGGACUUCAUGGUAACUUUGUGGACCAGUCGGAUAUAGAGGAAUGGCAGGCUAGACGACAACCAGGUGGGGAUGUUGGUCCUGUGAGACCGGCUGAGAAGCCUUUGCCCUGGCAGUCGGAAGCUGACAACAUAUGA